AGAACAAUAUUUCCUCUACGAGACAAAAUAUGUUAAAGUGCAGAUAUGUAUCUGCACUGUGAAUGAGGUGUAGAUGAAUUGCUUGCCUGUCGCUCCUGCAGACAGGCUUAAUUGGCUGUAAAAUAGAGCAUUUCUGGGGACUGUAAAACCUCUCUAUUCUAUAGCCAAUCAAUAUGCUUGGAAGUUUGUCAAACGACAAAUCUACACUUGUGGAUGCGAUUUCUUCUUCGGUGCAACAUCUUUCUUUUUGCUUUCUUCCUUUCCCCCUCCACCCAGAGGAGUUCCAGAGGCGGGGUGGUUUGCGUGCCCCGCGAUCCGUACUGUCACGCACGUAGCUUCGUUUGCGAAUUUUGGUUUUGGGCGGCACCGUUCGCGAGGAUUCAUCGUCGCCGCCGGGCCUCGAUGAAGAUGAAACGGAUGAAAAGCGAAGUAAUCAAUGCGACGAUCGAGUCUUAUUUGAAACGGCGUCAUUACCAGGCUAACGACGUUUACCGCAGGGGCGAUCAGUUGUUCUGUCAGAACAGUGACCAGACGACGUUGAACGCGACCGCUGAGUGCGGCACUUCGCAGGAGAAUUCGAUCGUUUUCAGUGCAAUCACCAUUGAUAUUACCGCGGCGGAUCAGGCUUAUCAGCGAUUAAAGAAAUGGAUGAACAACAUACUCAACGAAAAGAUAAGGGUAGAAUUGCAGGGACUUCUAUAUCCAAUAUUUUGUCAUCUGUAUUUAGAGAUGCUGUACACUGGAAAUCAACAGGCUGCAGCCCAAUUCUUAAAAACACAUCAGAAUGAAUUUGUCAGUGAUACGGAGCAAAACUUCUUGCAGUUAUUAAGUAGUGUAUAUUCAGUGCAAGAGAUUGAUUUGAAAGAGUAUGUAAAGGUGUUCAGAUCCAGAAAAUAUAAAGUAGAUCUGUCCGAGUCUGCUCAUAUUUGCCUGAAACAAUAUCUUACCAAGUACGGACAUAUAAUAUUAAUGCAGAUUAUAAAUACACACAUCACAAUAAUUAGAAAAGAAGACAGUCCUCAAAUGGAUGGAGAAGUACCUGAAGAGAAAAGUCAGAGAUAUGAAGCAAGUAUUAAUGGUCAUGUGGAACAACCAUCUGGCACAGGUGUGGAUCGUGAAAUGAGAGAGUUGCAGGAAGCUAUACGAUUGAUACAAAACAAUGCUCAUCAACCAUUAAGAUUAUUUACAGUGAAAAAUGCUAUUGAAAAUGCGAGUUGCAGUCUUAUUGCUCCUAAAAUGGAUAAAUUAGCUGUAGGUUUUAGUACAGCCGAAAUACGCUUGUGGGGUAUAGGUGAAACAGUGUUGGUUAAGAUGAAAGAUAAGCAAACAUAUGUUCCAUCUGCCUGUGAUAUACCACUUCAUAAAUACAACGAGCAAGAAAGCACAGUUAGGAGCGAAGCAGGGGCAAUAAUAUUAAGAGGACACACGGAUGUAAUACAUGAUUUAAGAUUUAUUCCAGAAGUAGACAUUCUUCUUUCUGUAUCAAGCGAUAAGGAUAUGAGAGCAUGGAGACUCAACAAUUAUUCGUGUGUAGCAAUAUAUAGCGGUCACAGCUAUCCCAUAUGGUGCAUGGAUACCAGUGUGUUUAAUUUAUAUAUCGCCACAGGCUCACAUGACAGAACGGCAAAAUUAUGGUCAUUGGAUAGGACGUUUCCCUUAAGAAUAUUCGCUGGUCAUUUUUUAGAUGUCAAUUGCAUAAAAUUUCAUCCAAAUGCGAGAUACAUAGCGACAGGAUCUGCUGACAAGACAAUAAGAUUAUGGUCGAAAGACGAUGGAAAUUUAUUGCGAGUAUAUGUUGGAGCGCAAUCGACCAUUUAUACUUUAGCUUUUAGUCCAGAUGGCAAAUAUCUAGCUGCUGCAGGUGACGAUAAGUCUAUAUCCAUAUGGGAUUUAGCAUCCAAUGGUUUAUUGACUGAACUGAAAGGCCAUAAGGAUACAGUCAUGAACGUAGAUUGGAGUUUGGAUGGGCAAUACAUUGCCAGUGCAAGUCUAGACGGAAUCGUACGAUUGUGGCCUACUCAAGAUUUCAUCAAAACAUUGAAUGGAGGAUCGUCAAGUACUAUGUCGCAGACAGAGGCGCCACAAAUUUAUCAGACAUAUUGCUCAAGCAUUCUCUCAUUGAAUUAUUACAAGAAAAAUAAUUCGUUAAUUUGCAUCGGCACUAAAUAAUCUUAUUUAUUAUCGUGCUAGUCAAAUAUAAAAACAUACUUCUAAAUUCAAUCUUUUUUUAUCUGAUAUAUAUUGAUAAUUUUUUAGCAAACUUGAGACUGCCUUUGCGUUAAAUUGAUUUUAUAUAUCAAUUAAGAUCUAUAGAGAUAAGAUUUAUUCUGUAAUUCUUAAUGACAUCUUUGUCAUUAGUCAAAUAAAAAAUCUGCACAACUGACGUACUGAUACUGUCGUUAAGAGUUAUAGAAUAGAUUUCUUUACCAUUUAUGAUAAGUUUUUACAGUAUUUAUAAGAAAUGCAUCACCAUUUCAAUACAUUUAACUGAAUUUAUAUUACUAUAUAUACUCUCACAUUGAUUGCACUUUAAUUUUAUUUUUAUUAGUUUUAACGUUUUUAUCAUCACACAAAAAUAAAUUUCCAAUCAUAACGAUUAAGCUCAGUGAGCUUAUUGUUAUGAAUCAUUUACUUUCGUUAGGGCCGGUUGUUCCAACUUCUUGGUAAACUUACCUAUCAGAUAAGUAUAUGUUCGUCUUUAUUUAUUUAAGAAAAGAAAUGAAGAUAGACACAUGCUUGCCUGGUAAAUAAAUUUACCAAGAAGUUAGAACAACCGGCCCUUAAUAACAUUGUUAUGAUAUUCAAAAAUCACUUAUCUAAUACUUUAUCGUGAGAUGAAAUCUAUCACUUACCAGAUUUCUCGUAAAUUUAAUGUAAUAUGAAAAACGUUAAGUAUUUAAUAAAUUUUCAAUGAGAGAAUUAUAAUUUAAUGAGAGAAAUUAUCAGGCAUUAUGUCUGUGGAACUGUAUAUAAGUUUCCUAUGGGAAUAUUGUAUUGAUUAAAGACAAUUCAAUAACAAUUUUGUGUCUUGUUAUAAAGACUUAAUAAAUUGUGAAUAAUGUUAAAAAGUACCAAAAAUACAAUUUUUAUAAAAAUCAA